UUUUCCGUUGCGCUUCACACUGGUACCUCUCCCGUCGGUCAACCGAGGCUAGCGCAGCAUCACCGCCGUCCUUUCUAUCCCCUCUUCUGUAUUUUCUGUCCCUCUGGUCAUUUAUUUCUGUAGCUUCCGGGACGUAGCGCACCUUCCCCUUCUUUUCUCUCUCACUCCGUUUCUUCCUCGACCAGGAAGCGUUUUUCGGUGGCCGCUCCAGUCGUCUUGCCGCAUCAGCCGGGCGAGAAAAACAUCCACGACGAGGAGGAGGAGGAGGAGGAGGAGGAGGCAGAGGCAGGGUGCGAACACAGCGACGCCCAUUUUGACACCUCUCGUAGCACCGCCGUCUCCGCGGAAGACGCUCGAGUAUCUUUUUUCUAUGUCCGCUCGUUUGCGUCGAAGGGGCCGUUUGCUCGCUUGUAGCCGGAGUCGUCGGUUCCCACCGCGCCUUUGACGUCCUCGUGGCGGGCAGAUAUCAACAGGGAGCCGGGCACCUCCACGCGCCGCAGCUCGGUCACGUUUCCGCAGACGCCUUAACGUCCCACGUCUUCCUGCGGUUCUUCUCCGGUGUCCCUCGCCUCCCCCUCUGAGGCCCCCACACCCCGAACUCGCUCCUCAUUCUCUUCCGGUCUCCCGCCAUCGCGUCCAGCUGUGGCCCUCGCAGGGCGCGCUCGCUGGCUCUCACCUGACAGGUCCCUGGCCUCAGGACGACAGCCAGCAACUGCAAUCUCCCUUCAUGAGGGACAAAGCGACGCAGACCCCCAGGGCCUGGGCAGAUGAGAGGAGGAGGGGCUCUCACAAGCGCUCGGCCUCCUGUGGGAGCACCGACCAACUCAAGGAGAUUGCCAAGUUGCGUCAGCAGCUGCAGCGCAGCAAACGCAGCAGCCGCCACCGGAGGGAGAAGGACCGCAAGUCCCCUUUCAAUGGCAGCCACACCAUCAUCCAGUCGCAGUCGCCGAUGCCAAAGACCAUCCUGGUCCCAAUCCCCAUCUCCAAGUCCUCGGCCCCUCGCUUUCGCAACAGCGUGGAGGGCCUCAACCAGGAGAUCGAACGCAUCAUCAUCCGCGACACACCUGAGAAGGAUGAGACCAUCGUGCCACAGGACGUCCCAGAUGGGCAUCGCGCGCCCCCGCCAGUCCCCUCGCGUCGAAGCAGCAGUACCCGCAGCAUUGACACCCAGACCCCGUCGGGGUGCGGACUGAGUGGUAACCAUAGCAACUGCAGUAGCCGCCCUGACUCCAUCUCACCCUCCUACCUCACGGUCCUCAAUGACACGGUUGGAGGCAGCCCCUAUGAAGACAAAGAGCUGGGCCCCUGCUCCCCGCUGCCCAAGUACGCCGCCUCUCCCAGACCCAACAACAGCUACAUGUUCAAGAGGGAACCUCCAGAGGGCUGCGAGAAGGUCAAAGUGUCCGAGGAGACCAUGCCCAAAACCCUGCAGGACCUUCCGCCCUUCCUGUGUCCUGACCGCAACAAGGUCAACUUCAUCCCCAACAGCGGCUCCGCCUUCUGCCUCGUCAGCAUCCUCAAGCCAUUGCUGCCCGCCCCGGACCUGAGCUUUCGCUCCGCAGUAGGCCUCCGGAGUCUGUCCCCAUCCCUCGUGCCUCUGUCCACCCAGCCCUGCCUCCUGGAGGAGCCCGAGAGCUUCUGAGGGCUUUGAAAUGAAAGGAAAAGGAAAGCCCGCCCCCUCUACGAAAUAAGAACAAAACACCCUUUCUGCUCCAGUUAAAAAUGUUAAAAAAAAAAAAAAAUGCCUCCAGCAUGCCAGCUAAGCCCUCCGAUGUCCUCCAUGUUGACAAAGCACUUCUCACUGCCUCUCCUCCUCAGACGACCACGACGCCAGAGUCCGGCGGGGCAGCGCUUGGGGCGCUGGCGGCAAACAUUUCAUCGCUUUCUUUUACCUUCAGUGCUGGUUAUGUUCCUGUUUUUUAUGGGGUGGCGGGGAAAGAAAAAGGGUGGGAAAAAGGGACUGACUGUUUCAUCGUAUUAUACCAUGGCGCCUUUCCACGGACAUAUCUCUUUUUCUAUCUGUAGUUACUUCUCUUGAUAUAUAAAAAAUAUGCCUUCCAUUAUUUAAAGAAAAAAAAAAGUGGGGGGCCGCCAGUUUCCUUGACGACCAUGAGUUUGGAAGCUAAUUUAAUGGUGCUGCCAGAAAUACAACGUAGCAAAACUUGAAACAGUCGCAGACAUUAAGAGAAGUUUAAAAAAUAACUUUAAAAAAUGUGCCUGGUACUUCAGACCGCUCUGAUUCGCUGAGCCGCCGUAGCGCUCCGAUCACGUGUGUUUCUCUAGCACGACGCACACCAUGUCGCCAGGACAACGGCCAUUGGUAUAUAUCGGGGGCGGGGGGCGAGGAAGCGAGGUGGUCCGCACGAACACCCUGUACCAAGACCACCUGUGACCUGAAGCCAGACGUGCGUCUGGUGCUGGAACAAGCCGGUGCCUCCGACGCGCUAACCGGUAGCAGCGAGCCUUUUUACGUUAUUUAUUCCCAAACUUCUCCUUGCGUUUCCGUAAUGCUGAUUUUAUUUUUUUCCUCCCGUGUUGCUCGGAAAGAGUUGUGUAUUGAUUUUCGGACGUGGGGGGGGGGGCUACUUCGUCUUUUUCUUCUUCACAACAGCCUGAGCACGCAGAGGUCAGUGGACCCAAACACAGUGAAGGCCACGUGGGUACACAAGUCUCCAACAAUGAAUAUCUCAUAACCCUGAAGCUGCAGUUGUAUUGCGUGUAACGUCCCACACAGAAUCAUCACUGGACUUUUUCAUUUCUUUCUGCCGUAAGGAUGGAAACACACAUUCUUUCUUUUUUUUUUGCUGGUUCUCAUUGUAGUUUGAGAAAAGAACAAACUGAAGGUGACAUGCGGACCUGCAUAGAGUCACGUGACCCCCCGGUGUGGCGUUUGGGUUCUCCGGCCCCCUUCCUCCUGUAAAUGUCGUUACUACUCGACUGUGCCUGCUGCUGUGGGAUAGGAAUGUACUGGAUCUGUAAAUAAGGAGGCACACCGCAUUUGUAUUAUCGACGGACAAAGAUAUGUAUCUGAAUUGAGUCAACGGCUGUUCCAUAUACUCCCCCCCACUGCUUUUUUUUUCUCUCUCCGCAGAGUACUGUGAAUAACUACAUGUCUCAUUAUUGUGAAUGAUGUAUUUAUUUAUCAAGAGUGUGAUUUGGGUCUCCACAGAGAAUCUUAACCAAGAGUAGAUUACAUCAUCCAUCUCAGGUUGUAGUGAAUAGAAUUACAAACUCACACACACACACAAAAAAAGAUGUAUUAGCUUCUCCGCACGCACUAGCGAAGUCUACGUCACCGUAGCAGAGCAGGAAGUAGAGGGGCGGGCCGUCAUGUCAGUCAGUGACCAGAGUCCAGAUGCUCAUUGAAAAUAUCACUCACAAGCGUUGCGGACCGAUUUUUCUUAUUUUUCUUUUUCAAGUUGUUUACAACAAUACACAAAGGUUGAAAAGAACAAAUUUAUACAAGUGGAAAUGCAGAUUUAUUUCAACUUUCACAAAGUGGAUAAACAGCAUUUUUGGAACAAGGCUCAACACAAUGUUUGCUUGUCCAGUUUAUUGGAAACAGAACUGCCAAGUUUUCAUCUGUUAAACCGCUCGAGUGAAAUAAAAAGGCAUAGUUGCAUUAAAUAAAGCAUUUGUGAUUGA